AUGCAAAAGUAUAUUCUGCGCCGGGUUUUACUGGCGAUCCCGGCGCUAAUCGGGUUGACGAUCAUCAUCUUUCUGGUGAUGCGGAUACUGCCGGGCGACGUUUUGACGGUGAUGUUCGGGGAAGAAGGAACACUGCAACUCAGUGAGGAAGACCGCCAGCGCAUCAUGGCCAGCCUCGGACUGGACAAGCCGAUCUACCUGCAAUACGUGGACUGGCUGGAGGACAUCGUUACCCUGAAGCUGGGACAGUCUUUCUGGCGUUCCCACACCGUGAUGGACCUGAUCAUCAACCGGGGGCCGAUCACGCUGGAAAUUGCCAUUUUCUCGGUGAUCCUUUCGUGGGUGAUCGGGCUGCCGGUGGGGAUACUGGCGGCCAUGAAACGGAACAGCGCGCUGGACUACGCCGGCCGGCGUACGGUGAUCGUAUUGACGCUGGUGCUGACGCUGGAAUGGAAAGCGCCGCUGGGGGUCAUCAACUUGUGGGAAGACCCGUGGAAAAACCUGCAGAUCGUGUGGGGGCCGGCGCUGGUGCUGGGACUUGGACAAGCGGCGUAUGUGUGCCGGAUGUCCCGAUCGGCUCUGCUGGAAACGAUUCACGAGGACUACAUACGAACGGCACGCGCCAAGGGGCUGGCCGAACGAUUGGUAAUAAUGCGGCACGCUUUGCGCAACGCUAUCAUGCCGGUGAUUACCCUGUCGGGCGUAUUGCUCGGUUUCCUCAUCGGCGGGUCGGUGGCGGUAGAGCAGGCAUUCGGAGUCCCGGGACUGGGGCGCACGCUGGUAGCAGCAUUCUUUGAACGCGACUACGUGGUGAUACAGAACCUGGUGUUGCUGUACGGCAUCGUGUUCGUGUUUACCAACCUGCUGGUGGACAUAUCCUACGCUUGGAUAGAUCCACGAAUUCGGAGCGGCAUCGUGGCGCAAAUAAACCCGGCGACAACCACCGGAGCCGAGGGCGAAGUCCUGGUUCAGGAGGGGGCGCGUCCCCAGCGCGGCUGGUGGUGGGUCAUCAUACAUUUUUGCCAGCGCAACCCCAUGGGGGCGGUCAGCGGGAUUGCAAUUAUUGUGAUCGUGGCCAUCGCGGUGUUCGCACCCGUCGUGGCCACGCACCAUCCCACCCAAGAAGCAGACUUCAAGGCUUUGCGAGAAGAGCCCAGCGCGGCCCAUUGGAUGGGCACCGACGACAUCGGUCGGGACCUAUACAGCAGGGUGAUCCACGGCGCAAGAAUAUCGCUGUUCGUCGCACUGGUGGCGGUGGUGGUAGGCGACUUUUUGGGGGCUGCCUGGGGCGUUGCAGCGGGUUACAUCGGGGGCCGAUUUGACAUCUACAGCCAGCGAUUCCUGGAACUUAUGAUGUCGUUCCCAACGCUGAUCCUGGCGAUGAUUCUGGUGUUGGCGAUGGGCGCAGGGGUAUGGACGGUAAUCGUCGCCAUAGGCGUCACACGAAUUCCGAUAGCGGUGCGCGUGAUAAGGUCAGUGACGUUAAGCGUGAAGGAAUACGCAUACGUGGAUGCGGCGCACGCUAUCGGCGCGAGCGGCACCCGUGUGAUGAUACGGCACAUCGCGCCGCAAUGUGUGGCCCCGUGGCUGGUGCUGGCCACCGCCCACCUUGGCUCAGUCAUCAUCCUUGAGGCAUCGCUGGGGUUCCUGGGCGUUGGUGUACCGCUGCCCACUGCCACAUGGGGGAACAUGCUGGGUGGCCCGGUGGCGGCCGGCUUGAUCCCACGCUGGUGGAUGGUGAUGUUCCCUGGGCUGGCGAUCACCGUGACC